AGUCGCGAUGACGACCCGCUGAAGGAAGCACGCCGCAGCACCCAUGGACGGCUUCGCGGAGUCCCUGCCCUCGCCGGCCGCCAGCGACUCCAGCGGCCCGCGGCUCUGCGGCGGCACGACGACCCUGUGCGCCGAGAAGAAGCGCUCGUGCUUCUCGCCGGAGCAGGUGGCGUGCGUGUGCGAGGCCCUGCAGCAGCGAGGAGACCUAGACCGCCUGGCGCUGUUCCUGUGGAACCUUGGCCCAGGGGAACUCCUCAGAGGGGACGAGGCGGUCCUCAGGGCGCGGGCGGCAGUCGCCUUCCACCGCGGCCACUACAGCGAGCUGUACGCCGUCCUCGAGUCGCAGCCCUUCGAGCCGCGGCACCACCCGGAGCUCCAGCAGAUGUGGUUCAAGGCGCACUACCGCGAGGCUGAGAAGGUGCGCGGACGGCCGUUGGGGGCCGUCGACAAGUACCGGCUGCGCAAGAAGCACCCGCUCCCCGCCACCAUCUGGGACGGCGAGGAGACGGUGUACUGCUUCAAGGAGCGCAGCCGCAACGCGCUCAAGGAGUGCUACAACCGCAACCGCUACCCCACGCCCGACGAGAAGCGCGCGCUCGCCAAGCGCACGGGGCUGACCCUCACGCAGGUCAGCAACUGGUUCAAGAACCGCAGGCAGCGCGACCGCGGGCCCCAGCAGCGCACGGAGCUGGGGAUGCUGUGCCCGGGAGCGGACGACAUGCUCAUUCCGGGGCCCGCCUCCGUCAUGGACCUGGCGCAGCUGCCCGACCUCAAGCCGCUCUACUCGGCCGCCAGCAAGUACUUCGGCGGCGGCGGCGUCGGCGUCGGCGUCGGCGUGUCGUCGGGGGCGGCGGGGGUGGGCGUGGUGAAGAGCGAGCCGGGGGCGGGCCAGCACGUGCUGCACCCCGCCUACCACCAGGGUUACCAUGGCUACGACCCGGCGGGGCUGGCCGCGCUGCACCACCCCGCCAUGUCGCACUCCUGAACCACCUCCCCCUCCCUACCACCCUCCAUCCUCCCACGGGCCACGCCCAUCGCCCUUUAUCGACGUGGCCGAACGAGACUCGGCGUUCGAGAGCGGCCGGCGUUGGAAGCUCCGGGCGGAUUCGCGUUCCCGCUCUCUUUCCAACGGACGUUUUUUUUUUGUCGGGACCGUGUGUCGAUGAACGUUAUUAAACGACUGCCAACUCACUUAUUACACUUAAUAACAACAAUUAACUAACUCAAACAGGAAAUUUAGCACUCACAGAAAAAAAAAAGCAAGCAUCUAGUCACUUUAAUUUACGUGCGGUAAAAAUUAACAAUUGACAAAUUAAAUAAAAAUCAUUAAGAAAUAUAAAUUAGUUUUUUAUAAAGAAAAAAAUCAUUCUUUUUAGGAAAUAUCUAUACAUAAAAGCACUAUUUAAAACACACAAAUUAAAUAAAAUAAGUCUUCAAAUCAGACAAAGCAAACACACAUCUUCAGAAGCUAUCAGUUUUAACAAUUACCUACUCUUGAAAUGAUACCUCAAAACCAAUUAACUAGAGUGAAUUCAACGUGAUGCUGAUUUCAGGUUUCAAAAGGUUGAUUUCAAAUCAUUUUCAGCUCAUUGUGAACUAUUCUCCUCGGCUGUAAAUAUGGGGAAAAAAUAGCCGGAAAUUUUGUGCUAGUAGGAAACGUGGCAGACGCUGCCGCGAGGCGAAAAAUAUUUUUGGGUUUAAGGCGUCACUGCUGGCACUAACGUGUUUCAAAAGGUCACAAGAUUAAAAAUAAUAGUGAGGGAAUAUUUUUAAUGCAUUAAAUAUGUAAUAUAUUUAAUGGAAAAAAAGCACGAACUAAAAGUGUUAGUGGAUAUUACCUUUCACAUUGUUUUGUAUCUAAGAAACAAAAAAAAACAAAUUACAUAGAUUCUUGAAGCAGAUCGAUCAUGCUGUAACUUAACUUAGUAUGCUGUUUUUCUAUGGAACAUGUUUUAUUUUUCACUUAACGAUAGUCCUACACCUGUAAACUUUUAAAUACUUUUUUUUUAUAUAUCGUGUCAUUUUACCAAGUACGCAAUCAACUGUACUUAAAAAAGAAUACAAUUUUUACCGAGUAAAAGUUAACUCACUUAACUGCAAGAUUAAAAAAAAGUUCCCUUAGUCAAACUGAAUUUAUGGUCGACGUUCGAAGAAACUCGUUUUGCGACUCAUAAAUCAUUCAUUACACAUUUGUACUGGUUUUAAAUGUCCAGAAUCAAUGAUUAUUUUAUUUAAGUUCAGCGAAGCCAAUAAAAUAAUUAUUUCUUUAGCCAAAAUAAAACUACCUUUUUUUUGUUUUGUUUUGGUUACAAAAAACUUAUUAUCGGUUUGUCGAAUAUGAGCUCAAAAAGGCAAUAAAUCUUUAUCACAAAACAUUAAAAUCUUAUUUUAUUUCCAUAGUAUUACUUACGUAGACUCAAAUUACUUUUAAAAUGUUGCAACUGGAAACCCUUCAGUCCCCUUGGCAAAUGACAGAUAGCACUUUAUUUAUAUUCUGUAUUCGGUUGCAAUAUUUAAUGGGUGCAAUGAAACGUGAAGACGAAUUGGUUACAUGCUGUACUCUUUUACAUUAAAUUAACAGUCACUUCAUUUUGUUAAGUAGCAAUGCAUAAUAUGAUCCAUAAUAAAAAACCAAAUACAUUUCAAGUUUUUUUUUUAAAUUAGAGACUGCACACAAUCAGUAAAAAUCAAAGUGUAUAUAUAUUAAAAAACUAUAUUAAGAUUUUUCUGAAGCGAGUGGAUGUUUAAUUUUUUUAAAGCUAGUGUACGGUAUGAUUUUGAAGUCAAAAUAAAUUUAUAUAAGCACAGUUAAAAAGAGCGGUUGUGAAAAGACAAUUUUCAACAUAUUUCAGCCGGAACAAUAGAUAUUUCUUUGAGUUUUAUUCAAUUAUUUAACACCAAACUCUACGACUAACAUUUAACUAUUUUAGGCAUGGUAGUUUUUUUUGUACGUACACACGACUUAAGUUUCUUGACAUGCAAGGACUGCCUGACUACCUGCCUAAACUAGAACUAGAACAUAGAGCAGGAAUGUCAUAGACCGAUCACAGUUAUGCUUGACCAAGGGGCUGCAGGCAACACUGCUUUACAUAGCUUACGUACCUACAUAGCUGCUCUUUGCGUCAUUUACGGUAAAAUCACCUAAAGCAGUCAAGUAAUUUUGGAUAUGAAUAAAACCUAGACUUUUACACCACAAAAGAAUAAAAAAUAUAUCUGUUUUAGGUUAUUUUUUUUUAUAUAAACGCCCAUCAGAUUGUGAGCUACAUAAUUUUUAGAAACGCAGAGUGAAUUUUGUUCGUGAACUUUUUUUUAUUUACGAGAAGUUUGUCAUCGACCCGUGAUUUAUGUUUUAAAAUGCCAGGUAUUUAACACAGUUAAUUUUUCGUGGACAUGUACAAUUUCAAAAGUACAACGCAGCUACAAAUACACCCGCGUGUAUUUUACAAUAUUUUUUUCCAUAAAUUCUUUUAAAUUGAUUUCAUUUUCUUUGUGGUGUUUUGAAAUCCCAGAAUUUUUCUGUAAACACUCAUUUUGUUACUUUUAUUGUUAUAAUUGGUGCUAAAGCUAUAUUUCAAUAUCAAGUUGAUGGUAUCCCAUUACAAUAACAUAUUUCUGGUUCUUUCAAAAGCCACAUAUAAGCUUUAGUUUAAUGUUCUGUUUCUGUAAUAAUUUGUUGUAUAAUUUUGAAGACUCAAGUGAUGCAAACGAAAUCAACCUUUUGUAUGUCCGACUUUAAGACAUGUGUGAACGUUUUGAGUUCCUGGUUGAUAAUAACUUUCUGAUACAAUGUUUAUGCGUUCAGCACACGUGGACAACUCUAAGAUGAGAAUCAUUUUUGUGUUUGGUGUUCGUAGCAAAGACUGAAAAAAAAAAUCGUUUUAAUUUACAAACAUACUUCUUAGAAGAAAAAACUAAUAUAGUGAAUCUAAUUUUAGUGUUCACCGAAAUUGAAACAAAAACAUUACCAUUUUUUCGUGUGCAAAUAUUGUAUUCAGAACAUUGUCACUUAUUUAUUUUAACAGCAAUAAUUAAUCAUAGUUACUUAAAAUGCGAUAUGUAAUCACGUGUUAUUUUGAAUAAGUUCGCGAAAUAGUGUUUAUAAUAUACCAUUUUCGUUUCCUAGAUUUAUUUUUGUGUUUUUUUUUUUUUAGUUGGUCAUGCCGAGUGAAAAUAAAACCAUGGUUCAAGUGCACCUGUUUUUAAAGUUGUUUAAAACGUACCACUGCGUGCAUUAGUAUCCUACAGAGUAUUUAGGAAAAUUUGUGAUUGAGUCAAAUGGCAGUUGAAUUUAUAAUAAUCCUGUAAGUUGAAUUUUGUAAAUAUUAUGUGAAAUGCACGUUAAAAAAAUUAGACGUGUAAAUUUUUCCUAGGUUCUUUCUUAUUAAAAUAAUUUACAGAUAUUAUAAAAUUAUUAGGCUCACUCAGGAUCGAUAAGUAUUGGUAACAGAAAUAAUCGCUUAGUCUUUAUAUAUAGUUUUGUACGUUUCUUCUUGUAACUGUAUUUCUCUGUAAAUAAUGUUGUUUUGAAUAAAAUUAUAUGUCUUGUUUGAUAAAAA